UGCCUCAUGACCGGAAGCGCUUCACCUGGAGCAGGUGAAGCACGCGCACAUGGAGGAGCAGCGUGACAAGACGUAAACACGCUGCACUGACUGAGCUGGAGCUUUUCAGGGCCGAUACUCUGGAAAGAACCGAAGGGGCAGCCGCUUGUAGGAUCCAUCUGAGCUAAAGGAAGCCAAGAAGCAGCUGUGUGAUCAAGAUGAAGCUCUGCAUUCUGCUCAUGUUUGGGACCCUGAUCGCCCUCAUUAACGGCAUGCCGCCAAUCAGCAGGGACUACAAUACGCACUGUCGGUGCCUGCAGGUGGAGUCCAGGAUCAUCCCUCCAGACAACCUGAGGAGCAUCAAGCUCGUCCCUGCAGGUCCCCACUGCCCAGAGAUAGAAGUCAUAGCCGGAUUGGUGAGCGGGGAGAAGAUUUGCCUUAACCCUCAGUCCUCCUGGGUGAAGAAGUUGAUUCACUUUGUUCUUGAGAAACAACUCGAUCAGCAGGGAGUUGCAGUUCCAAAGAACAAUGCAUAAGGUCAAAAUAGUUUAAAGAUAUGUUGCAAGUUCAAGAGAACUGCCAAAAGUGUGACCCCUCCGCAACUGUGAGCCAGGCUUUUCACUUCAACAAAUCUGACAAAUUGCUCCUCAGUUUGCAGAACUCUAAUAACCCUCUUUAGUCUCUGUUGUUAGUUUAAUUUCAGCUUAUCAAUCUUUCAGACUUGUACUUCUACUAAAUGUUGUUUGACCAAGUGUUUUAUACAGAAUAUCAAAGUGUCAUUGAUUGCUGGUUUUUGCACACAGGUGUGUAGUAAUGUAUGGAUGGAAAUGUAAAGUAAGCAUUGAGGUGUGAUGUGAAGUGUUGGAUUUUAGUGUGCAUACAAGUUAUUUAAAUGUGCUUUUAGCUAAGUCGUGUUUGAUUGAAAUGUACACUUAUUUACAUUAUAUGGAUGAAUAAUUUUGAGAGCAGAUACAAAAUGUAGCAUUUUAUAUUCUUAUAUAACAUUAUCUCUGUGUCGUACUUAUUUAACAAAAGCACAAUUACCUUUUUUAGCCAUUUCUACAAGAGAAUCCUGUCAAAAGUUUAAUAUGUGAGCCUUUGGUUAAAAAUUAAAUAAAUAUCUUUAAAAGAAAAA